AUGCCGCGUUUGGCAUGGAGAUUUAAUGACAAAAAGAAUGGACAUAAUACAACAAAUGGCGGAACGAGAUUACCUGAUAAGUUGACGCAGGCUCUAAAAGCACUGCGACCAGGUGUUCUAUCCCAUGUUUCUCACUUCUCAUUGCCAUUUAAAAAUCAGACUGAAAAAAAAGAAAAGCAGGGUUCAACUUAUAUUGCUGCGGCAGAUGACGUUAUUUAUUAUCCAAGUUCGGAGCAGUAUCGGAACAGGCGAAGUCAGCAGUUAUCAAUGUCUUUUGCUAUGCAUGCAUCAUCACCCCGUAGCACACUACCUUUGCAACCCAACGUAGAAUCGGUGAGCACAUUUGAGCAAAUACGGCAGCUCUACAAAAGUGUACCGAAUUUGAGUACAACUUCCAAAGAAAGUCCCAGGAAAGCCGACAGCGUUGUUUAUAAUUCGAACGGUUUACCCCGAAAGGAUCUAUACUAUGAAUCACUGCAAAAUGCAGUCCAUAGUAGCUCACCAUAUUUGGGUACAGCAGGAUCACCUACGGAUAGCGGAUAUCGUUCCGCACCACGCAUGCCGUCUCAUUCGUCAUCAACUGUGUUACUUCAUCAAAGAAGUGAUUAUUGCUCUUCCAAGAAAGCUACGUGUCAUCGACGACAUGAGCAUUUUGCUAAACGAGUUCACGAAUCAACGGCAGUACUUGCGAAUUGUGCAUCAGUGGAAACAUCUCCUCUUCAAAUCAGCCAUUAUAAUAGCACACAGAAUUAUGAUUUCGAGUGUUUGUCACAAGAAUUCGUUUUCACAUCACCAAAAGAUACCGACAGUAAUUCGCUAACCAAAUCUUCGAUCACAAUAAAUGCACGAAUAAAGAAAUUUGAUAUUAGUGAAGAUGAAAUAAUGGAAGUGUUUAGACGAAGAAGAUGUAAAGAAUAUGGUCAAAUUGUUGAUCGUCGAGCAGUAUUAAAAUUGAAGAAAUGCUUGGAAAAUGCUCUUUAUAUAUUAGCAGAUGAGAUUCGUCGUCUUUCUUUACAAUUUAUCAAAUGUCGUAUCUUGGAUAUCAAGACUGCACUAAAGGUGCUGUUCAGUGAUUCUGUAGCAGAAAGUUGCACUAAAGCUGGAAUUCAAGCGACUUCUAUUUAUGCUCUCAGUGGAUCUGGCGCAUUGAAAUCAAGCAUGCAACAGCGAGCUGGGCUGUGUUUCAAUUUAGGUCAUUUUUACAAAUGGAUGAUCGAAAGCCAAAUCAGUGAAAUUGUCCUGGAUGAAGCUGCGGUAUUUCUAUGUGCUGUAUUGGAAUGCCUUUUGGAAGAAAUAAUUCUUGCUUGUGUUGGAUCAAAGUUAUGCAGAGGUAACUUAACGACAGAUACGCUGAACGAAAUGUUGGACUGUGAAAACAAUAUUAGGAAACUUCUAGCAGAAAACAACGAACGAAUAAUAUUGAAAGGAGAAGCUGACUUUACGACAUCAAAUCAUCAAAGAUGCUCGGACAAGCUAUCUCGAUUAUGUAUUAACAGCGAAACUCAGCUAAUAAAAUUACUCCAAAUGAAAGGAGUAGAGAGAAAUAAUAUUGAGAAUUUGGGAAUAGAUCUAUGCCUAAGGAAAUUGCCUUUUACUCGAAAUGGUGCCAGAGCUUUGUUCUACUUUUUGAACAGUUCAAAGCAUUCCAUCAACUGUGACAACACUUGUUCACCACUAGAUAAUUAUAAUCCUUCGACAAUUAGUGAAUGGAUUAGGAUAUCAGAAGCAUAUGCAAUGCAUCAUUCCUCCGAUACCGUUGACGAAGAUGAUGUAAGACAAGCUGCUCGGAUUUUACUCAAUAUAGACUGUCCUCCGCGAUUUCUCGACUUCAGCAGCAGUAAAAUCUCGUAUGGAUUGAACGGAUCAGUGAAAAGUCAGCAGAAAUUAAUGCAAGAAAUCGCUUUCCAGUUAUUGAGAGUUAACUCUGAGGAAACUGUUAGCAUGGCGUUAGAUUUUCUUGGACCAACUAAAUUGCACAAUUUUGAUGCAUUUGGUUUAACAGCGCUUUCGGAAGCAAUCCUAAUUGAUAAUAACCAAGCAGCAAAUGCAUUAAUAUUAGCUGCGCCAGAUUUAAACAUUCCUGUUCCAAAUGAGCAAAAUAUAAAGAAUUCAAGCGCUCUUUUAGUGGAUUUUGCUGGUUGGACACCCUUAACAUGGGCUGUUGCACAAAGAAAUUAUCCAUUAACUGUACGUCUUAUCGAUGCAUGUGCUCAAGUUGAGAAUUGUUCAAUGAUCAAGGAAACUCCGCUGCAGGUAGCAACGAUGUUGGGUGAUGCAGAUAUUGUUAGGAAAUUACUGAAAUGUGAUGCGAAUCCAUUUCGAACGACAAUUGAUUAUGAUUCCAUGAAAUGCAAUUAUCGCCACAUGGGAUUGCCAUCAGCUAUUGCAUUAGCAGCUGCAUAUAACCAUCGACACAUCCUCAGGAUGAUGCUCUAUGCAGGCAAGCCAUUUCUCACAAUUUAUUAUUUGCAAAUAAAAUUAUCAAAAUGAGUAAAUUACAAACGUUCGGAGGAAAAUUUAAGUUUGAAGGACUUCCUUGAUCAAGAUGAAAUGGCAUUUGAUAAAAAUAAAACUUGUUUCAAUUUACAAAGCAGUAUGCAUUCAUUUCUGGAUGUUUUCAAUAAGGAGCAAAAACAGGCGCUUAAUGAAGCAAUGUAUUACGCCGCUGAAACUUGGCAUAUUGACAUCGCUAUGGAUUUACGCAAAAUUGGUGUAGCAUGGAAUUUACAUACAUGGACAACUUGCUUGCAAGCUGCUUGUGUACAAUUUUCUCGAAAUUAUAAACUUCCACUUCUUAAUGAUUUUAAUUUUUGCUUAGCUGACGAACUAACGUGCGAUAAUGUCCAUGAAAUUGCAACUUUGUUAUUUGAUAUCAUACGUUCGGAAUGUCCAUCAGCAACCAAAGAACUACGACAAACAGCUGCAAUAAUAAGUUCAUUUUAUCGACGUAUGUGUGCUGGACAGACGACAACAAUAGUGAAAUCAGAUAAUUUGGAAAGUCAGAGCAACAAUAAUCGCAAAUCGAUGAUUGAUCUUGGCUAUGUCAAUAAUCCUGAUCUUUCCGAUAUUACUUUCUUGGUGGCGAACAAAGUAUUCUACGGUCAUCGUAUUGUUUUGAUGAACACAUCCAGUAUCUUUCGCAAACUUUUAGAUGAUAACAGCAGUGAAAUACUUCUUGAUAAUAUCUCCUAUGAAAUCUUUCAUCUUGUUAUGAUGUAUCUUUACUCUGGUGGCCAAUUUGAGGUGAUAGGUGAAUGCUCAUUAUCACAACAAAUGGAACUUGUUCAAGCUGCUCUUCGUUUUGGUCUCAAUACUUUAAAAUGUGAGGUUAUCAGAAGUAUCAAAAUGCUGAUACGCAAUACAACAAUUGCUGAGAUAUUUUCGUUCACUAUGAGAUAUGAUCUUAAUGAACUGAAAAACGAAUGCUGUACAUAUAUAUUCAAAUACAUGUCAUCAGUGCUCGAGGACAAGCGGAUCCGAAUUCUUCUGCAACACCACGAUGAUCAACCAGAUUAUUGUACAGAACUUCUCAAUAUAUUUUUGGAAAGCUAUCAGAAUCAUAGUCGCAAGGCUAUCAACCAUUGA